AUGAGUGUUUUUCCUAAGCCGCUGCAUCUUCUGGGGCCGCCAUUCCUUCUGCUGGUGUCUGUCCCACUGGCCGUCUUUGCGUGUCUCACCACCACCAUUGCCUUGUCUCUCCUCGCCGUCCGCGUUUCUGUCGUCUACUUCGAGCUAGGGGUCGCACUAUUACACGCAUAUGUCUUCCCCGAGGGGACGAAGCAGCUUCGAAGACGUCAUGCGCCUCCGUCUACACCAUCACCGCCGCGUACGCGCCAUCGCCGCAGCAGCUCGUCCUCCCUAGAGACGGUUGUUCCGCCAGCCAGAAUACAUACCAAAAGCGGCUCUUCGGCCUCUCUGCUAGGAUCAGGCGAUAUCACUCGCGACUUCGAGGGUGUUGGUGGCUGGAGGUUCUAUGAUGGCGAAGAAGAAGAGGCUCUAUGGAUGGGUUUGAACAAAAGACUGGAACUUCCUCUGGCAACGCCCAGACGCCAUCAGCGCAGACACACCGGCGAAGAUCGAUGGAGCUGGAGUCCCGAGAUAACGCGGAUGAGUCCUUUCCAAAGCCGGGCUAGGACGCCAACGCGCCCUACCACGCCAGGAGAAGGCGACGAGUACUUCCCUCUCCAAACGUCGUUACGUCCCCUCAGUUCGGCUACGGAACCCUUGAGCAGAAGUGCCCACCACUCGAGGAGAACCAGUGUGGUAGAUACAUCACCUACAGCGGUUUUGGACUCGCAGAGAAAUGGUACGGCAUACCGACCAGCAAACGAGUAA